AUGCAAAAAGACAAGACAGAGGAUGACGAAGAACCCAGAAGCCGCAUACCAUCUAGACGGAACUCAGGCCCCUUCUCUAGAAGAGGUAGCGUAAAGAAGGAGCCAGAGCAGAAGGUAUCUGCCCCAGGGUCCAGCUCAUCGACGCCGAAGAAAAUUUCAAAGCCAAGUUUAAACUUUAUCGUGACCGGGAAACAGUUAUUGAGGAGUGACAGAGCGAACUCGCUCCCCGGGUCAUAUCAUCGGCGCCAGUCCACGGAAUCCCUGACCAAAUCGAAGAGAAGUCUCGAUUCUCCGCGUAAGAACAAAACGGCUUACUCGAGGAGUCGUGACACGUCCCUGGAGUAUGAUAUGUCAUUAGAUUUAUCACAGGUUUCUGACUUUGAAGAGAAGAAUACGAAACACGUAUCAAAAGAAAAAUUCACAGCUCUCGCCACAUCCACACCGAAGAAAUCCUGUCAAAAGAUAAGACCACAAUAUCAGGCCAAUGAACGGAAGGAAACCAGCUUGGAGUCCAAGGAUAGUGCUGUUUCGUGCAGCCGAGAGAGCAUCAGAACGUUCGGACUCAGCUUCGGUGAAUCUUCCCUCCUCGUUCCAAGUGGAGAAGAUUCGCCGAAGAACUCGCAAGGAGUCAGCACCGAGUUCGACUACUCUUCAAUGUCACCGGAAUGUUCCGGUCCAUCGUCAGGGGAUAGCGUCGCAGGGAUAGCACAGGAUACAUUGGUCUCACCACGGAGUCAGGAUCUUCAGGACUCGAGUUACUGCGUGAGCACGUGCGAUUCGAGAGAGAUGGGCGAGUGGGGCCACUUCUGGGCCAACUAUAAUAACUCUUUAGCGAGAGUCCCCAUCAACCGCUACUACGACCAAUGUCCGACGCCGUACCGUUCUGAAGACGUUGAUUUGCCAGAUCUAGAUUUUCCAACGGACGGUUCGAAAAUACGUUCUCCUGACAAUAUUAAAACGAUAAAUAACAUUAUUCGAAACGAGGGACUCCGUCUGACGCCUCGUGAAACACAAAAUAUUAUAAAAUGUGCGCACAUGCUCGGCAAUGUAUUAACAAAAGCCAUAGAGAGACAAUCAAAAGACUAUUGUCCGGAAAAAAUACAGGAAUUAAGUAAUGGAACGAACCCAGAGAAGGAAUUAAAAAAGAAAACGAUGACUCUGAACUUGAAAGAGACGGUGCUACCCGUGGAAGUGAAAGAGGAAAAGAGAUGGGAGAGCGUCCCGACACAAACCGACAUUUCGCUACCGAACACUAAAAGCGCGCCAAUUAUAUUCGAAAAUAUUUUAAGGCAGCUAUCGAUGAGUUCGAUUGAGGAAGUUGACAAAAUGGUCGAAAAUGAUCAAACUAAAAUUGGAGCAGACGAUGUUGAAUGAAAUUUACAAGCAAUUAUAUAUUGUCUAGAAAAAAGGAUAGGUCACGCCAUCUUGCGGAACAUUGUAAUACAAUUAUGUAUCAUGAUGGCGUUGAUUACACUUUAAUUCAGUAGA